AUGCUCGUCGCGUUCCUCCUCUUCAGUGGGAUCUCUCUCUCUUCUGGAGAGGCAGUCAGCGCGUUCGCGCCAGGCGCCAUGGACUUGUACGUGGAAACAACUGAUGGAAAGUAUCUUGGGAUGAAAGAGAUGGCGGAGGGUCAAGACUCGGUCACCCUGGUGGAGCACUGUUGUGAUCUUAUGUCCACCUUUCGCGUGAAAGAGUUCCCUGAGGGAAGGCAUGCCCUGCAGAACGUUUAUUCCGACAGGGUGCUGAGCAUGACUGAAGGCAAUUUCGUUUUCGUGCAUGUUGAAAGCAACCGAAGCCAGUCGAAUUCAACAGCAGAAAUCAUGUGGAUCAACGACGAGCUGCUAGGAUCGCACACUUGUAGCUUCAGGAGCGACGCUGGUUUGCUGUUGGGCUUCGACGAACAGGGAAAGCCGCGCGCACACGAGGUUGCAAGUGCUGGGCUGAGAGCGAUGUUUCUUCUGAGAGACGAAGCUCACUAUCGCAAACUUGAUGAGCUGAGAGUGUCUGGUUUCACGGUCCUUGAGGUGCUCGAGCCUUCAGAGGCUGAAGAUGCUCGUGACGCGCUUCAGGGCAUCCUCGAACGAAGCACAGGUGGGAGCGACGGUUAUCAGAUCAGGAUACCCGACGUCGCUGUCCAUCAUCCCCUCUUCGGCGAACUCCUCGUGCACCCUGUGAUCCUGUUCCUUGUCCGAAGUUACCUCGGUCGUUACGCUCGAUGUGCAACCUGGUCCAGCAACACACUGCUGCCGAAGAUGGAUCACCCGCGACUUGGCUGGCAUGUAGAUUACCCAUACCAUGACAUCGAGAUCGGAAUGUGGCCGGACCUUCCUCUGGGACUCCAGGUCCUGUGGCUCUUGGACAAUUUCACAUCUGAGAAUGGCGGCACCAUGUUUUACCCAGGGUCCCACGAAUUCUUCUCUCCCCCCAACAUCGAGCAGUUUAGCACGCCUGAAAUCCUAACGGCACCUGCUGGAAGCGUGCUGGUGGCUCACUCUGCCUGGUGGCACAGGCAAACGCAGAACAAAUCUCCCAACCCCAGGCAUGCCCUGCUGGGAUGUUUCACGAGGUGCGAUGAUUGUAAGAACUGUCAGUCGACCAAGUGGAAGAUCUCGGAGGCUCGGUCGGAGACCCGUCCCACUAAACGCAAGUAUUGCAGGGGAUUCGUUGUUCCCAAAGCAGACAUGGAAACUCAAUUUGACAAGAUUUCUCAGAUGUCUUCAUACUGGGCAAAUCUCGAUCCUCGACAACAGGCUGAUCUGCAGCAACUGAUGUUGGGCAGUCAUUCGAGGGCUCUACGCGACGUGCAAGCCUAG